CCAUGAAGCUUUUCACGGGCCUCAUCUUCUGCUCCUUGGUCCUGGGGGUCAGCAGCCAAUGGUAUUCAUUCAUCAGUGAGGCUGCUCAAGGGGCUUGGGACAUGUACAGAGCCUACUCUGACAUGAUAGAAGCCAAUUACAAAAAUUCGGACAAAUACUUCCAUGCCCGCGGGAACUAUGAUGCUGCGCAAAGGGGCCCUGGGGGCGCCUGGGCCGCUAAAGUCAUCAGUGACGCCAGAGAGCGUUCUCAGAGAGUCACAGACGUUUUCAAGUAUGGAGACAGCGGCCAUGGAGUGGAGGACUCGAAGGCUGACCAGGCUGCCAACGAAUGGGGCCGGAGUGGCAAAGACCCCAACCACUUCCGACCCCCUGGCCUGCCUAGCAAAUACUGAGCUUCCCCUUGGCUCUGCCCUGGGGGGACGGGCUAUGAGGCCCCUGAGGGCAGGAACAGUUGCUGAGUUAAGAGUUCCUGAAUUGUAUACCCUUCCUACUGAAUACUUUAAAGAGCACAUUAAAAUG